AUGCAUAACUAUUAUAGUGUGUAUGGAGGAACAUCUGCUCAAUAUCCCGUCUAUGGAGCUGGAGGUGGAGCUGGCGGUAUGAUGACGGGUGCAGCGGCGGCCUACUACCCCUAUCUGAAUUUUGGGGAAAGCAGCGGCGGCGCAACCAGUUACACCGCCGGACAGGGCUAUGGCGUCCACUACCCACACCACCUCUACCAGUAUUCUGCUAUUAAUGCAACUGGGGGUUACCCACACCACUAUGGUACCCCUCUUACUCACACACCUCCGUUGCAAUCAGGUUGGUUUGUAGACUAUACACAUCUUCUUACUUCCACUUUACAGUUUUCUUAGGAUCUUUUUCCCUUUACCCCAUCUUUCUUUUUCUCAAAUAGUAAAGGUUAUCAAAACCAAUUGCUGCAUGGAUUUACCUUUAGUGUUGGGUUAAUGGGUGAAACACUGAGAUGUGCAAUAUUUCUGUUGAAGAGUACUGCUAUUGAGUAUCUAAAAAUCUUA